CAGAAACAUUCCCUGACUUGGCUAGAUUUACGAUGAAUUUCUCGACACCCGCAUCAAGCAAAUCAUUAGAGAAGACGACUUUGCCAAAUAUGAUGACGGGAACAGACACUUCGAAAAAGUCGCAUAUUAUAUUCAACGCCUACACCGAGCAGUCUAUCCGGCGCAAUUCCAAUGUGACCUACACAAAAACGACUGCUACUGAUGGUCACCAGGUGAACGGGACAAGGGGCACUUACACAGCCAAGACACCGGGAUUUUAUGGCUUUAUCUUUCACGCGUUAACCACCGACUCGAAAAAUGUGAUGCCCGUCGCUGAAUUGCGAGUGAACGACGUCGCAAUAGCCACGGCAGCCGCGUUCAAUGGUGGCACUUAUAAGACUCUUACGUUGAUUGCAGGUGCACAACUAAAGCAGGACGAUUGCGUCUCGAUUUUCGUAGCCGGUGGGCCGUUAUUCGAGAACGUCAACAAACAUAGCAAGCAUCGGGCGUCAUUCGCGGGAACACUCAUGAUUUAA